CGAGAACGCGCCAAUCUGAAAUCACUGCUGUCAAUCCUCUCAUUCUCUCUCUCAUACACAGACACAGACGCACGCGCCGCCCCCUUCUCCCUGUCCUCGUGCUCAUUCCACCCCGGAGCUGCAGCGGAAUCCACGCGCAGAGCACACGCACCCGCGAGCCCUGCUGGAGUUCAGAGCGAAGUGCCAACAUGCGGAGCCGCAAGUUUUGGGUUCCGUGUUCGGUGGGACUUUAUAUCUGGGCGGCUUUUCUUUUUAAAGGAUCUAUGCAGGGAGAAUAUCAGAGGAAACUGUAUAAGGAGCUGCUGGCAAACUACAAUCGAUUGGAGAGACCUGUUGUUAAUGAUUCAGCUGCCAUCCUGGUGGAACUGGGCUUCACUUUACUGCAGAUUAUAGAUGUGGAUGAAAAGAACCAAGUGUUGAUAACAAAUGCCUGGCUGCAGCUGCACUGGACCGAUAUCUACCUGACCUGGAAUCCAGAAAACUACCCAGGUGUUCAGAACCUACGUUUCCCAUCAGACCAAGUUUGGACGCCCGACAUCCUCCUGUACAACAGUGCUGAUGAGCGGUUUGAUGCCACGUUCCACACCAACGUUCUGGUGAAUGCUUCGGGCCAUUGUCAGUACAUCCCCCCUGGCAUCUUGAAGAGCACCUGUUACAUCGACGUGCGCUGGUUCCCCUUUGAUGUGCAGAAAUGCGACUUGAAGUUUGGAUCUUGGACACACAACGGCUGGCUUCUGGACCUCCAGAUGCUUGAUGUGGACAUAUCUACAUACAUAUCUAAUGGAGAGUGGGAUCUUGUUGGGGUGCCAGCCAAGCGUAAUGAGCUGUACUAUGAGUGCUGUAAGGAACCUUACCCUGACGUGACAUUCACCGUCACGAUGCGCCGCAGGACUCUUUACUAUGGACUAAAUCUGCUCAUUCCCUGCGUGUUGAUCUCUGGCUUGGCCCUGUUAGUCUUCCUCUUACCUGCUGACUCUGGAGAAAAAAUUUCCCUCGGGAUCACCGUGCUGCUUUCACUGACUGUCUUCAUGCUUCUAGUCGCAGAGAUCAUGCCUGCCACGUCUGACUCUGUGCCUCUCAUUGCUCAGUACUUUGCCAGUACCAUGAUGAUAGUGGGGAUGUCCGUAGUGGUGACUGUCAUUGUUCUGCAGUUCCACCAUCAUGAUCCCCAUGGAGGAAAGAUGCCUAAAUGGGUCCGGGUUGUUCUAUUGAACUGGUGUGCCUGGUUUCUCCGUAUGAAGCAACCUGGCAGUGAGCGCAAGAAGCGUCAUUAUCAAUACCGCCACGCAUCCCAGCACCACUCCAGCACCAGCUCCAUAGAAAUGGGCACUAUGCCAAGUCUCUCCAUCCCUCUGUCACAGACGUCCUGCCCACCUUGCCCAACAGGCACCUCCAACGGUUCCAUGAGUCUCUACUAUGGUAGUUACCACCCCAUGGACAGCCCACAUUGCCCACCAUCCAGCGACUCAGGAGUCGCUCUUGGAGGACAGGCCCAUGGUUCUCUGAGUGAUGAGGCGGAGCCAACAAGAGGAGUCAGCUGCGGGGCAGGAGGUCCUGGCAUGGGGGUGAGUAUCCCCCCGCCAGAGAUUCAGCACAUCCUGGAGGAGGUGUCAUACAUAGCCCAGAGGUUCCGGGACCAGGACCAGGCUGAGGCCAUCUGUAGCGAGUGGAAGUUUGCGGCAGCGGUGGUGGACCGCCUGUGCCUGGUAGCCUUCUCCCUGUUCUCCAUCAUUUGCACCGUCACCAUCCUCAUGUCAGCACCAAACUUCAUCGAAGCCGUCUCCAAGGACUUCACAUAACUGGCAGCAACAAGAAAAAGCAAAGAAAAAAAAUCCCCUACAAACAUUCUUGUGAGGAGGUGAACUUCAUCAGAGACUUGAUGUGAUAACAGCAUUUACACAAAGAUAAGAAGCGUCACUAAAGUAUCUGAGCAACUCAAAAAACGUGGAAAAUAAAUACAACUUCAGUUUACAAAACAAGUAUGCUUUGUUAAAUGUAUAUGAAAACAAAAGUGUUAUCGGUUGAUUCUAGCCACUGUAAUAUCGGUUGCUCAGUUGCAAAAAAGGAAACACUUCACCGUAGAAUGUUUUGUCCUAAUAUAAAAGUGUUAGAAAACGUUAAACAUCAGAAACACAAACAAAAAUCACCAAUAUAGACACCACUGUAUUAAAAUGUGACACAACCGUGAUUAUGAAGUCAUUCCUUGAGGUCGAGAAAGAAGUUAAAAUUGUAGGAAAGGUAUCUUUUUUUCAGAGGAACAACUUGAAAGAACUUUUCAAAUAAUGAGAUUCACUGUGAAAAUUCCCAUUUCUGCUGUAACAGAACUCUAGACACGAUGUUAAUGUACCCACACAAACAUGGUAGAUGUUCAUAUGCAGUUUUUGUUUUCCCCUCCAAACUUUGUCUUGUGUGCUUAUAUUAAAAUGAAGCAUCUGUGAAGUAAGUGAUGUAUUUUAAGAAUGAUAAAAGUACCCAGUCUAUUCAGGGUAUUCUAUUUAGGUCAUAAGUAGAAGCAAAUAUUUUUUUUUAUUUGUAUUUUUCAAAUGCACUGAGACAUGGUGUAUAUACGUCUUUAAACACUUUAAAUGAAAUUAAAAUAAAACAAAAUCGGACUUAAGUGAAAUGGUAUAGUUUCCUCCCAGCUCCACAAAUGCUUAUUAAAAGUGGCUCUACAAAAAAAAAAAAAAGUUUUAGGGUAAAAGACAACAUUGUCCAGAAUCUUUGGAAAAACUAUUGAGAAUUAAGACAGCAUUGCUGACAAUUCUUUAAAAGAAUAACGUUUUUUUUUUACACACUUUUUGCCCCUUUCUCUUGUGUUGUCUACGCCUAAUGAAUCAAAGGCUAAAAUACUACCAUGAUAUUGAUGCAAAAGCACUUCUAUGUUCUUUAAAUUCCAUGACACCUGAGUAUGUUUCCAGUUAUAAAAAAAUAAAAUUACUGAUGCUUUUGCUUUCAUGUAAAACUAAAUUAUUGUCAUUCCGGGCCCCAAAGUGCUUAAUGCGUAUUUGCAUAAAUAGGCGUCAAAUGGGUUAAGAGGACAGCAGUUUCCGUUCCAACAUUUCGGCUCCAUAUUCCCCUUAAAUUUAUGAUGCAACCAAAUGCUUUACCCGUCUGAACUCCUGAUCAAGAUGGAUGUUUUGCUUUUCAACCUCAAAUACCACAAAUGGCUUGAAGCUAAACUGGAAAACUUCCUCUUGUUGUUGAAGAGCACCAAUUUCUGCUUCUGAGAUGGAGUUUGACUGUGUGUGUCCACCCAAACCUCCACCUCCCACAAGCUGUUCUCGCUGCAGUAACGUAACUGUCUUAUUGUCAUUCUGUGGAAUUUUUGAGUCUGUGUUGAUAAUUAAAAAAAGGAUUCUCUGAA